GGAGGAUUUUACAGCCUAUGACUACGACAUGACGACACUCGAGACAGAUACAAACACCGAUGAUGGUGACAGUGUCUUUAGGUCAAGUGGAACGUGGUCCUGGUACCCAAUGUCGUGGCCGUGGACUUCGAUUCUGCGACUGAAUUCCGCCAUCAUCGGCAUCGUCGGGAAUGCCAUCGUCAUCAUCGUCGUUUUCAACCGUCGAGUCUCUAAAAACUCCACCGAUAUCCUGAUCGGGUCCCUUGCUGUGGCUGAUCUGUUAUCUUCUAUAGCCAUCAUUCCUGUCCCUAGGAUCAAGUACGUCCCAUCGACAUGGCUUGGUGAGGUCUACUGUCGAGUAGUCAACGGGCAGAUCUUCAUGUGGUUUUUCGUCAAUGCAUCCAUCUUCAUUUUAACCGCCAUUUCUGUAGAGAGAUAUGUGGCGGUUAUUUAUCCAUUCACAUUUCGACGUAUCUUCUCAAUGCGUCGUACGACAGUCUAUAUCAUUCUCAUUUGGACGGCCUGCGUCAUCAACCACGCCACCUACUACUAUUUCUUCAUCAAGGUACACCAUGCUACUCACACCUGUCAGGUGCCAACAGACCCACCGUCUUAUCGGCUUCUUGGUGGAUUGUCACAGGUCACAUUACAUUUCAUCUGUCCUCUAUUCGUCAUGGUUAUCACCCAAGCAAUGAUCAUCAUCACCUUGCAUCGCCAAGCGAAGCGCUUCAAGUUCAUGAACGGCUCCAAAGAAAGGACAACCCAUGCCGUGAAGUCACACGAUGCUAAAUGGAGAGUCAUCAAAAUGUUUCUCAUGGUAGUCCUCACUUUCAUUGUAUGUUGGUCUCCUAGUCAAAUAUCAUUCCUCCUUUACAGCACACAGAUCAUCGGUCCUAGGUUCCUCUAUAGUCCUCUGGAUCGUAUCUUUACAGUCAUGGGGUUCUACAAUUCAUGCGCUAACCCUAUUAUCUAUACCAUCAGCAAUGCCAAAUUCAGACUUGCCGUCAAGAAUGUGUUGACGCGAAAAGGAAGCGAUAAUAUAUCUGUUUUUGGAAUCAAACCAGAAACAGAUCACCCUGAUACUUGA